AUGGAACCUCGCCGCACAUCAAGCGUAUACUCCGACACCUUCGAGCUUGAUGACCUGCUUUUAAGGCUUACAAAGCAGGCUGAAGAGCAGCAGGACAUGGUCAUCGACGUCUUGCGGCAGGAGGCUAUGGCACUCUAUCGCGAGCUCAGGGCGAUGUGGCAGCUACGGGAAGUCAUUGCCGGCUUCGCUGCCAAGGCAAGGCGUUUCAACGGUCUGAUCUGUAUCUACCCUGCCAGAAUGCUUCAGCCAGUUUCGGAUAUGAGAAUGCACAAUUCUACCAGCCUCCCUGGUGCAAGGGGCCAGAGCCUCUUCGAGGUCACGGGAUUCUUCGCUCACGUUUCUGAAUUGGUGACCAUGAAGGACUGCGACUACUUCCCUCCCAAGAACGACAAUAACGAGCAGUUCGAGAACUAUGCCGUGUCUAGAUAUGAUCAGAUGGUGUUGGAGAACGACAAGGAGAUAGACUGGUGGUGGUCUCUUCUGGCAAAGAUCUUCUCGUGGCUCUUGCUGGCGGGCUACAUCGUGUUCUCAUCUACGUUCGCGUCACAUUGGCCGCCUUUGGCUGGAUUUUGCCAGUUCCUUCACUGA